AGCAUGACUACAAAUAAAAGAAGUAUUGUAUAUUUCUACGAGCCUACGGUUGGGAAUUUUCAUUAUGGAGCCAAUCAUCCAAUGAAACCACAUCGCUUAACUCUAACUCAUAAUUUAGUGUUCUCUUAUCAGCUGCAUAAGAAAAUGAAAGUCUACCGACCUUAUCAAGCUACUUCUCAUGAUAUGUGCAAAUUUCACUCCGAAGAUUACAUCGAAUUUUUGCAACGUUCAAUUGGACAAAGUGCAAGCGACGUUUUUCCAAUAAAAAAUUGUAGUAGCUUCAACAUCGGGGAUGACAGUCCCAUGUUCCCUGGAUUGUAUAGGUUUUGCGCUCUAACUUCCGGCGCGUCCCUUGACGGUGCACGCAAAAUUAAUAACAAACAGUGCGACAUUGCUGUGAAUUGGUCCGGUGGUCUGCAUCAUGCGAAAAAGAGUGAAGCUUCAGGCUUUUGUUACGUCAAUGAUAUAGUGCUGGCUAUUCUUGAGCUUCUGAAGUACCAUCAAAGAGUGCUAUAUGUUGAUAUCGAUAUUCAUCAUGGUGAUGGGGUGCAGGAAGCGUUUUAUCUGACGGACAGAGUAAUGACAGUAUCGUUUCACAAGUACGGAAACUCUUUUUUCCCUGGCACCGGAGAUAUGUAUGAAAUUGGUAAAGAAGCUGGUAAAUAUUUCUCGGUGAAUGUUCCUCUAAAAGACGGAAUGGAUGAUGUGAGUUACCGAAGUAUUUAUCAACCUACGGUUAAAGCUAUUAUGGAUCACUAUAGACCAAACGUGGUAGUGUUGCAAUGUGGAGCCGAUUGCCUUGCAGCUGAUCGAUUGGGAUGUUUCAAUAUGAGUAACUACGGUCAUGGUGAUUGCGUUCGUUACAUGCUAGAGUUUGAUGUACCAGUAUUGGUACUAGGAGGUGGGGGAUAUACGAUGCGGAAUGUAGCUCGUUGCUGGACAUACGAAACAUCUGUGUUGGUCGGAGAAGAAAUCAGCAAUGAUCUGCCUCAAACUGAAUAUUACUCGUACUUUGCUCCAGAUUUUACUCUGCACCCAGAAACCGUUUGUAAAAUGGACAACCAAAACUCAAAGCAAUACCUGGAUGACAUUAGGAAAAUGACAGUUGAAAUGUUGAAAAGUGUAGCUUCGGCGCCAAGUGUACAAAUGCAACAUGUUCCUGAUGAUCUGAUCCAAGAUGAUCCCAGGGACUGGGCGGACUCGAAUCCAGAUCAAAGGGAAGACGCCACUGAAUUAUCAAAGAGAGUGGAAAAAGACAAUGAGUAUUACGAUGGUGAUAAGGACCAGGACUGAGUUUGUUUUAUGUAUGUCUUUUGGUCAUUUCAUUGCUUGAGGAAAACGUGAUUGGAGUGUAGAUGUUGGGUCUGUUUGGUGAAUUGGGCCUUAAGUCCAGUUAAGAACCAGAACACAUGUAGUGACGUAGAAUGGAAAGUUUAAUAUGAGAAAAUUUGUUUAUUGGACAAAAAUUUACUCUUCGAGAACUUGU